AUGUCUUCUGAGCCAAUUCACAAUAUCGUCACCCUUACUCCUCGAGAUGAUAAAGUGGUUGAUUUAAUCAAUGCGUUCGGCAAAUUUUCGCAAUAUGUUCAAGCUCAUGAGCCAGAAACAUUGGUCUACUACGCUGUUCAGACUAUUGACAAAAGUCAAUUGGUGAUUAUUGAAAAAUAUUCGAAUGAGGCUGCUUUGAAAGCCCAUGCGCAAUCAGAAGCUUUCAAAGAGUUUGGAAAGGCGAUAUCAGGGACCCUUCAAGCACCUCCAGAUAUUAGUACGUCCACGUUCUCAAGUGGAUUUGAGGCUAGGGCUCGAAUUUGA